AUGCUGCAGGUCACUCACGAAGACAACCUGCCAUCUGAGAUUGUAUUCACAGUCAAGCUAGCCCCAUCUCAUGGCUUUAUCCGGCGUUUUACCGAUGCGGAGGAGCGCUACAUCGGAACCAAACAGUCCCCUGUCAGGACGUUUACCCAAGAGGACAUUAACAGCGGGAACAUCCAGUACAUGCAGGCGGAGCCCAACAAAAUGAACGACACUUUCAUCCUCGAUGCUACCAACGGAGUGACUGAUGUCAACGGCAUUAGGAUGUCUAUUGACAUCAUCCCACGCCUCAUCCCAGUUCAAGUCUUCAAUUUCACGCUGAACGAGGGCGCCUCCAAGGCUCUCACUGAAGAUGUGCUCAAAGUCACCAACAGACACUUUUCUGGAAACAACUUCCUGUAUAGUUUGACUGAGCCCCCGCUGCACGGUCACAUUGAGCACUCUCGACAUACCGGUGUGGCCAUAACCUCUUUCACCAGGAGGCAGGUGGAACAGGAAUUCAUUUACUACGUUCACGACAGCAGUGAAACCUUAGCUGACAACUUCACUGUGAUGGCCAACGACCCGGGCCUGAGGAAGCAGAGUGCGGCCCAGACGGUGCAUAUCCAGGUUUCAGCUGUCAACGACGAGCCUCCUGUUAUAACAGCCAACAGGGUCCUCAGGGUUUGGGUGUCCUCUGUGAUGGAGAUCAGGCCGGAGGAUCUGAGAGCGCAAGACCGGGACUCCCCCCCCGAGGAGCUGCACUUCAUGGUGAUCCCCCCCAGCAACGGUCACCUGGCCCUGAAGAGUGCCCCCAUGAAGGCCCUGCUCAACUUCACCCAGGCUCACAUCGACCAGGGGCAGCUGCUGUUUGUUCACAAAGGUGCCAUGUCUGGAGGAUUCAACUUCCAAGUGAACGAUGGUGUGAACUUCACUCCCAGGCAGAUCUUCAGCAUCACUGCCAGAGCCUUAGUUCUCAGCUUAGAGAACAACCGUCCAAUCAAGGUGUUUCCAGGCUCUUCAACUGCAAUCACCAAUGAGGACUUACAAGCAGUGACCAAUGAUAUUAGCAACACCUCAACCCGCAUCAUUACAUUCAGUGUGAUUCGGCAGCCUAAACUUGGGCGUCUGGUGACGAGGCAGCCUGACAAUUCAACAGUGGAUAUUUCCACUUUCACACAAGACAUGGUGGAUAGGAAGGAAGUCGUGUUCAUUCAAACCCCCAUCGAGUCAGUGGGCUGGGAAGCCAUGGACUCCAUGACCUUCUCUGUGGCAUCAUCGCCUACAACUCUGGACAGCCAGACCUUCAAAAUGGACAUUUCCUAUGAGAAUACCGGACCUGAACACAGCACAGUCUUGCUUGCAAACAAAGGUGCUGAGGUAACUGAAGGGGAGAGUGUCAUCAUCGAUGAAUCCAAGCUGGAUGCCUCUAACCUGAUGUCCAAGCUGCCGACACCUCAGCGGAGCUCCCAUGAGGUCUGGUUCCAGGUGACCUCUCUGCCUGAGCAUGGUGUCAUAGUGGUAGGAGAGCGAAACCUCACCAAAGAGAAACCUAACUUCUCCCAGUUCAUCGUUAACAAAUACGGCAUUACCUACAAGCACGACAACUCAGAGACAACUCAUGAUUCUUUUGUAUUCAGUACAUGGUUAAAUCCUAAGGGGAAAACUGCUCAGCGUCCCCAAGAUGACAUUGAUAUCGUUGAGGAGUAUUUUAACAUCACAAUCACACCUGUGAACGAUCAGCCACCUUUGCUAAAAACCAAAGCUCCAAGUCUGAAGGUGGUACAAGGAGAUACGGUAGCCCUCAGGCCUGAGAACCUCAAAGUUGAAGAUUUGGACAAUCCUCCCGGUGAUAUAAAGUUCUCUGUGAUUAGCAAGCCAAACAAUGGCUACCUAGCUCUUGGAGGACAUUUGAAUGAGUCGGUUGAGACCUUUACUCAAGCCCAAAUCAACAAUGGAAGUGUCUAUUUCAUCCAUGAUGGAAGCUCAGUGUCAGGGGUGUUCUACUUCAGUGUGACGGAUGGCCAUCAUAAACCAAUAUAUAAACUCUUUAACCUAGAAGUGACGGAAAUCACAAUUUCUCUAGUAAACUACACUGGAUUGACACUUGAGCAAAGCAAGACUUCAGUAUCCCUGACCCAACACAACCUUGCUGCUGAGACCAAUGGGAGAAACUUCACCAUACACUACCAGAUUACAAAGCCUCCACAUUUUGGCAAGCUUUUGAAGGACAACCAAGAGGUGACAACGUUUGAACAGGAGGAUCUACAGACUGGAAGGUUGUCCUACCACAUGAUCUCCCUAUCCUCUGCAGAGGAUAGCUUUGUAUUCACUGCCUUCACUUCAGAGGCAAAUUUGACCAAUCAAGUGUUUAACAUAACAGUCAGACCUUUAAUCCAGGUUGGCAAAGGUUUUAGCAUUCCAAAUGGUAUUGCUGUCAAACUCAACGCUGGCUUUCUUAAUGCCUCUGAACUGGCUAAUAUCAGUAAUAGUGACCCUACAUUUGAAAUUAUCUCCCAUCCUAAGUAUGGGAAGGUUGUUUGGACAAAACCUAAAAUGUCCAAGAAAGCUGUACCGGCUGAGUCCUUCACCUUUCAGGAGGUGAUGCAGGAGAUGGUAGCCUUGCAGCUGAAUGCAAACAUGACGGGAGUUCAAGAGCUAAAUGACUCACUGGUGUUCGUACUGAAAGCUGAUAACGUCCAACCUGCUAAAGGCGAGUUCCAUUUUACAGUUGUGCCAUAUGAUGCAGCACUUUUUUCAACCACAAAGAGUCCCGUUCCAACCACAUCAUCUGUUCCUCGGACUCCAAUCCACACUUCCAGAAAUGGGACUGCUUCGCCCGUCCUGUCGACAGCUUUCCUCUCCACCCAGCAAACAAGCAAAAACCAGCAAAAGGUCAAGGCACGCAACCGAUGGGGAAACUCCAACAGAACUAGCAUAUUUAGCACGACUCUUGGCAAGCCCACGCAGGGAACAGAGGACUUCCCUUUUAGGAACACACCUGUACGAGUAGAGUCCUACCCUCAAAAAACCUCCAGUCCGCUCCUGGUCAUCUUACCACUGCUGGCACUUCUGUUGCUUAUAAUCAUCUUUGUAGUCUUGGUUGUCUUUCUUCGACACCACAGGCAUCGGAGAACUUCCUCAUCAAAAGAGACCGCUUCCACUGAUGUUCCAAGCAGUCAGUCCUACCAUGGUCAACCCCAGAGGAGCCCAACAGUUCCCACGGUGACUGUCACUCCAUUAAACCCCAGCUGCCCAAAUAGCCCCUUGUUUGAUCGCUUAUUGACGACAAAUCAGGGUUCGGCGUAUAACACUGUUGAUUCUAACAUACUUUUAAGUUCUUGGAAGAACGGUUCCCCUGCAUCGUCUUCCGAAAUUAUUAGAACCACCACUCCCACUCUGCAGAUUAAUCAGUACUGGGUAUGAGCUUUUACUAGCCGACUGGAAACUAUAUCCUCUGCAAAAUACUGUUACUUGUUUUGACAACAAAAGUGGUUGUGUACUCAAAUAGGGUGGCAAUAAAUUGUCUUUUUUUCUAUUCAUACCAAAACAAAUUGGCAUUUUGUUUAAGGUGUUACUUGUAUUAACAAACCUUACAUUUCCAACUGUUCAGCUUCAUGGAGCCUUUUAGCUUCUUUUAGCUUGUGGUUAGCAAGUAAAGACCAAGAUUGCUUUGUCUGAGAGUUGAUAUGGGCUAAUCCAAAAGGUCCCAAUAUGGCCAUAAUGAAGCACUUUUGGCUAGAUGCAUAAUUAGGACUUUUUCUGAUAACGGUUUAAAUAAAGAACUAAAACAAAAGACCAUACAACUGUAUGUCAAGGUUGUGCUAGCUUGUUUUGAGGUGCUCUACCCCCUAGUGGCCCCAAAAUGAUUGGUGCAGCUUUAAGUAAGGAUAAAACAGAUACCCUUUUAUUGAGUCUCAGUGGUUUACAACCACUGCUGUAUAUUGAGUUGGAGGGUCAGAAUUUGUUCAGCAUUGAACAUUUAUAAAGUGAUCAUCAUUGUGUUCAAUUGUAACCUGUGUUUGGUAAUCACUCACAUUGUUAUCUGGUCCUCAUGCACGAUGAAGUCUCUUCCAUUAUAGGUUAUUAUUAUCAUCAGAGUGGAAGGUGGUGCUAGUAGCGGCUUGAAACUGAAUUACUAAGACUGACACUGGCACAAAGUCGAAGCAUUUCAAUUGAUUGUGCAUAUUUUAUAUUGUUGUUGUGUAUUAUAUAUCAUAGUAUAUUAACUUUUUUAACUCAGGUAUUUUGUUAAGUCCUUUACUCCAUGUUACCUUUAAUGAGGGUUGCAUAUUUUGUCAAUCACUGAGGUCUUUGUUUAACAUUACAGGGUUUCAAUAUGAUAAAAGACAGUUUUGUCACAAAUGGCUGAAUACUGAAAUGAGACAUUGAAAUGGUUUGUUUGGUACUACUAUUAAAACGUUUUUAAUAGCGUAAACAAAUCCCACUGCUCAAAAUAUUAGCACUGUUUUUCAGUUUUUUUAAUCAUACUUAUUUUUGCAUUAUUUAAAUAAGUGUGUACAAAAAAAUCAAUGCCCUGACCUUAAGGAUGACACAAAUCUACACUGUAAUUUACCCGAUUUCACUUCAGUGAUUACAAUUUUUAUUUUAAGUUCAUUAUGUAAUAUAUCUACAACAACCUACUGUUGAAUAGUUUGGUGGUUCCACAUAAUUUUCAGGACAUCAAGCAGCUUAUCCUUAAACAGACAGGCACAAGAAGUGCAUUUUUAAAAAUACUGACAGUCCCUUCGUGAAAAUAAUUACAAAUCACUGAGAUUUUCUUUGACUGAAUAUAGUGCUGGUAUGUAUACUAAUGAUUUACCUCUGAUAAGCCUGUUCCUUGACAUAAUCUACUUUAAGCCUUGGUGGUUUUACACUGUAAUGAUGUAGCUGCUGUAAAUGAAACAUACUGCUCUGACAGGUCCUGGCAAGCUAAGGGAGAUGAGAAAACUACUGAAAUAUGUUAUGAAAUAAUUUUGUACUGAAGAGAAGUGUCUAUCCAGUGUAUUCCAGUCUCAUCUGAAUGAUGUAACCUGAUGUGUAUAAGAAGUGUCAUAUUUAUUUAUACCAUAUUUUUAAUAAACCACUAUCACAUUUG